AUGGCCACAACACCACCACCGCCCUCCACGCUACGAAUCCCACCUACUCCGCGACUUGGAGCUAAAUACGAUGAUUAUGAGCCAUAUUCGACACGAUACUCAGCCAGGCUAGCGAGCCAACGCGCUGCCAGAGACAGAGAGUCUCGAACCACUCCCCCGCCUAGCUUCCCGAGCUCGAAGACUGCGAACAAGUACGACAUGAAUGAAUCCGACACUCUGUCCCCUCCUGGCUCAGUCCAAACCUCGCCCCGGAAGCUCAAGUCGGCCCGGGCUACUGGCUUGUUCGCGACACAUUCACUUGAAGGCCCCUCCGGCACAAAUGACUCCGAUCCCUUCGGCGCAGGACCUUCCUCUCUCCGUCAUCAAUCGCGAUCACUUCGACCGACUAUGACCGAAGGAAUGCUUCCCACUCCUGCCAAGACGCCUCGCAAGAAGGCUGUCGCGGAUGUUGGAAACACCGCACGAGUGCUGUUUCCCCCUCCUAGUGCCAGGAAGAAGACGAAGAAACACACGGGCUUUUCAUUGGAUAGUUUUUGCGAAGACGACACACAGGGUGGCUCAGAGAUUCAGAUUUACACUGACUCGCGCGAUCGCAUCCCGGAAGUCGACAAAAGCGAAGAUAAUCCGUUCUACAACAAACCUACGGCCAGCAACACAACUACUCGUGCUUCCAGACGCAAAGAGACCCGCCGCGACAAGGAGAUAGACGACUCGCUUAAUCGUGAGGAUGGCAUGCUUUACGUUUUUCGAGGCAAGAAAAUGUUUCGCAAGUUCACGGAUGAUGCUGAGAGCGACCUUGAUGAUGACGAUGAUGACUUGGGCUUGCUGGCAGCCCGUCCAGACCUGAUCGACUCAUCUAUCGACACUGUUCGUCCACUCACUCGCUCGUCAAUCAAGCCUCGCGUGCUCUUCCCUACCGCGAAGUCUCAGACCCCUCAAGAAUCUCGUUCGAGCGAUGUCGAUGAGGAGGCGGCCACUGAUAUUGAGGACCAUCUACUUCACGAUGAGGUCGAGGAGGAUGAAAAUCCUACAGUUGACGUGGAGAUGCAGCAGCGGCCUGUCACUCCUCCCCCGCAAUCCACUGUUGCAACUCCGCCGUCCCCCGGGGCUACGAUGCGGUCACUGCGUUCGCGAUCCAAGCGAGAUGGUCCCGAGCAUAGCGAGACACCCACGGCCUCCGAAACCAAGAAAAAGCGCGUCAGUCCGUUUGACGGCUGGCUCCGCAAAAAGACAGCUCCUGCUCUGACAGGGACCAAAGCCAAGAAGCGAGAUGCCGAAGCCGCUGGCAGCCCUGGUGGCCCAGCUCCCAAGAAGACCCGAGGCAACAAAGCGACUGCGUCGUGA